UAGGCUUAGGUUUAACAAUUAAGUUGAGUUUUAUUAACUAGCUAUUUCCAUUUACAGUUUGUGCUGCAUUCAACAGUAUGGUGGGAGACGGUGCUCAAUUAAUAUGGUAACAUAUUUUGGAGGAAGAAUUUCCGUAUGUCCAGGCAGACCUUUGAUGAGUUAUGCACACUUCUGCAACCUCACCUGCAGAGACAAGCGUCGAAUGGAUUUACAAUUGAAAAAGUCAUCGCGAUCGCAUUAUAUCGACUUGCAACACCAUGUGACCUGAGAACUAUAGCUAAUUUAUUUGGAGUAGGCAGAUCGACAACAUGCGAAAUAGUUCAUGAGGUUUGCAAAGCAAUUGUUGAUGUGAUGUUUGAUCAAUACAUAGUUUGGCCAGUUGGUGACAGACUCCAACAAACAAUAAUGUGUUUUUAAAAUAAGUAUGGUUUUCCGCAGUGUGCCGGUGCUGUAGACGGUACGCAUAUUCCAAUUAUUGCACCUAACAAAAAUCCUGCGGACUAUCAUAACAGAAAAGGAAUUUAUUCUGUUGUAAUGCAAGCUGUUGUCGAUGAUAAAUUAAGGUUCACAGAUAUAAACGUCGGGUGGCCUGGCCGUGUUCACGAUGCAAGGGUUCUAAGAAAUUCAUCACUGUUUAGAAGAGGAGAGGAUGGAACAUUGUUCCCACAGUGGAACCGAAAUAUAAAUGGUGUGGAUGUGCCAGUUGUAAUCCUAGGUGACCCAGCAUACCCACUGUUGACAUGGCUGCUUAAAGGGUUUUCAGAAGGCGCUAAUUUCACCCGCGAAAAGCGUAAUUUUAAUUAUCGUCUAAGCAGGGCCAGGAUGGUUGUGGAAAGAGCAUUCGGUCAACUAAAGGGCAGGUGGCGGAUCUUAUUGCGUCGAAAUGACACUCAAUUACAGAAAGUUCCAAAAUUGGUUACAGCCUGCUGUGUACUCCACAAUUUCUGCAUUCAAACCAACGAGGAAUACAAUGAAGAGUGGGAUGAUCAUGACGAAGAUGUACAGCCAGAAAAUGAGGAAAACAAUAACGUCCCUGGAACUUCGGCUGCAGAUAUGCGCACUGCAUUACUCGCAUAUUUUAACUAGCUAGUAGAAACAUUCAAAUACAGUAUGAACAGAAAAUAUUUGACGUAAAUGAGCACCAGGUGGU